AUGCCGCUGCUACUCGUCGUCUACACGGUACUAUUUCUUGCUGCAUUUGGCAAUGCUGCUGGAACACCACCGAUAGGCUAUCAGAGACAGACAUUACUAUCCAAAUCCGCCCUAGGCAAUGAUUCAUCCAAGACGGCCUCAUGCUCAACAUGUUCACUAUAUGAGCCAGCAGAGCAAGUGACUGCUCCAAAGGCCAAUGCCUGGGCUCAAAUAGCACCGGAAGAUAAUCUGGCUGUCUGGAAUCUUCUUCACGACCCUGCUUCUAAGUUAAAUCUAACCGAUCCAGAUACGGCAAAGGUGAACGACAACUACGUAUGGUAUAUAGAUACCGUGCCCGUCAACAAAUCUGAUGUACUUCCAUACCUAGAUGGAUCAGGGCCAAAGCCUAGUUCGUGGGCUCGGGUUAUCAUAUUCGAAGGUGGCAAACAUGAGCCGGUGUCACAAGAGUACAUGGUCGGUCCUUUGCCUGUGUCGAGUGAGACUGUUAUCCAGAAACUGGACUAUCCGUUCAAUGGCGGGACAGGAGGUGCCGUGCCUUUCAACGGGCGAUUUUUCGAUGAGAAGCGACGUGAGGCCGCAGAACCCCUAUUGGUUUCCGUGAUGUCUAACCUUACUGAUAUUACGUCUGCGCUCCUCGGUGGUGUUUUCUACGGCUAUAAUGAUUCCAGGUCGACUCUGGUAGCGGCUCCUACUACUCCCACGUCAUUUAACGGAAGCCAGGCGUUUCAGGUCAUUAUGUUUAGGCUUCCUGGGCCUGCUAGUUAUCUGAGGCCACUAGAUUUCUACGUUAUGCUCGACACCACUGGUACAGAUGCUUCGCUGUAUAAACUCAAGGGGCUGGUGACGAACACGCGAUUCUUUCGGACGGUCGCAGAGCUUCGCGCAGCAUUCAAAGCAGAUGAGUUAGUCGAGGAGUUUUACCAGCCGUCCGACUACGAUUGGGCGUUGGUCAAGUACAACGCUGCGAUGGGGACUCGUGAGCUGGAAGAUAAGUUCGCGCCGCAAAAUCUCGAAGUCGGUGGCAAGCGGUACAAGCUGGACUCGGAGCAAAAGUACGUCGAGUACCUGGGAUGGUCAUUCUACGUCGCCCACUCACAGACCCUCGGGAUCAUGCUCUAUGAUAUUCGCUUCAAAGGUGAUCGGGUGCUGUACGAGUUAUCGAUGCAAGAAGCCGCUGCGCAAUACGGCGGUUUCCAGCCAAAGGCCGCUUCGACCCUGUAUCACGAUACAUAUUUCCAGUUAGGCGCCGAUUUGUUCCCGAUGGUUGAGGGGUUUGACUGUCCGUUCGGCUCUACAUUCUGGAACGUGACUGUUCAUAAUGGGAAUACAUCUACCGUCAAUCCUAAUUCUAUCUGUAUUUUUGAGUCAGAUGCGGGGUUUCCCCUAUCUCGACAUCGCGAAGGGGACGUGUCUAACGACUACGGCUUCUCCAACCUGGGCGUUGUAAAAGGAUCGUUACUGACACUGCGCUCCAUCGCCACCGUAGGGAAUUACGACUAUCUAUUCGAUUACGCGUUCCAUAUUGAUGGUAGUUUGGAGAUCACGGUUCGAGCAUCGGGGUAUCUGCAAUCCUCCUUUUUCUUCCGCGACCAGGGUGCGUGGGGUCCUCGCAUCCAGGAGGCUACGCAAGGAUCGCUACACGAUCAUGUGCUAACCUGGAAAGCCGACUUCGAUAUCCUCGGCACUGAGAAUAAUCUUCAAGUAACAGAGCUCAAGACGGUCAACACGACGCAGCCAUGGUGGCCGGAGCUCGGCGAGUUCGAACAGAUUGCGCUGGAGACUUAUAAUGUCAAGAAAGAGCGAGAGCUAAGCUGGGCAAAUAAUGGGCAGCUCAUGUACGCUGUGAACCACGCCAGCGCGACGAAUAAAUGGGGUUCGCCGCGCGGAUACCGCAUCGUGCCAGGUAAAUCAAAUAUCCGGCUCAGCACGUUAAAGUCACCGUUCUCACGACACAACACCGCGCUGUCCAAAUCGCAUCUAGUCGUAACGCGGCAGCAUGAUACAGAGCCAUGGGGCAACAGUAUCCAAAACCUCAAUAUGCCCUGGAAGCCACAGCAGGACUUCUCCAAGUUCCUAGACGGCGAAAGCGUCGAGGACACGGACCUCGUUAUGUGGCUGAACCUGGGCAUGCACCACUUCACGCGUAGCGAGGAUAUCCCUGUAACACUGUACUCCGAAGCCGUCAGCAGCAUCAUGUUCGCGCCGCAGAACUUCUUCGAUCAAUCUCAGGACGGCGACCUUAAGAAUAGGAGGUGGUAUACUGCACCGGGGACGACGGACGAUAGCAAUGCGACGGAGCUUGUUAGCGAAACAUACGGGAUCGACUUGCCGCAGUGCAAUGUAGCGUUGCAAGAACCUACCGUCGCGCCUAUUAUACAGCUAUAA